GAGACAUGUCACAAUGAGUGGAAUGAGGAGAUGCUUUCAACAUGUGCACCCGUUAAAUAAAGGAACAGGUUUGAACCGUCUCAGUCGGCCGAAUGCAACCAGAUGAUGACGGUGUUUGGCAACCUUUGGUGGAACGAGCUGCGCUGGCUCGCCGCAGAAAUGACACAGAAGAACUGGUGGUUUCACUCCAUGAGAUCCUGGAGAAGUUGAGAAUUCCUGAGAGGUGGAGCGGAGAGCGUGCUUUGCGAAUGAAGAACUUAGAGUUAAGUGUCUCCAAAGAAUUGGGAGUUGACAGCAUGACCACCUGGUUAUGCCCUUGUCUAUUGAAAGAGAGCGAACUUGCAGAAGUGUCGGAAGAGCUCAUCGAAGAGCUGGCUGCUGCCAAAAAGGAAGAAGUUUUGAACACGGAUCUUGGAAGCUUGGGCGUCAUACAAUUGUCUGUUGCCAGAGAUGUGUCCGAUUGGACCAUGGCAGAUGGAAGGUUCAUUUGGCAUGGUGCUCAUGCCUGUUUGAAGCUCAUACUUGAGGGCGGCCUUGAUGUAAGAGGCAGGCGUGUUUUGGAGCUGGGCUGCGGUUUGGGCCUCGUGGGCCUUGCUUGCGCAAGAGCUGGUGCCAAGGCUGUGCUGUUAACCGACUAUGACAAUGAGUUACUGAGUGCAUGUUCCAGAAGCAUCGAAUUGAACCAUUUGCAAAGCGCCGUUUCGACCGAAAAGCUGGACUGGCAGCAAGUCUCUUCUGGAGGCCCCCUAGGUCCCCGUUUCGUCGAUCGUUUUGACCUGAUCAUUGGAGCUGACAUCAUUUAUGAUGCGGAUCACGCCGCGAGUGUUUUUGGAACAGUUCGGCGCCUUCUCCAAGAGCAAGUCGCAAGGGAAGGCAUUUUGAUCACUGGGGAACCGGAGAAACGUGAAGGUGUUUCUGAGCUGGACAGACUUCUGUCCUUGUCAGAGGUCUCGGAGGUGGUUUCACACGGGAGGCACGAAUCCCUGAGCUGGGAAGCCAUGCUCUUGCCAGAAGUUGCGGUAGCAGACAACCGGAAGCACCGAAUGUAUAGAUUCUGGUGGCUGAGUGAGGCUGAGCAAGUCUCAAAUGAUUGAAUGCCACGAAAUGACAUGUUCGCUGUAGGCCCCAGGCUGCCUCUUCUUUGUUG